GUGUUUGGCUCGCCAUAUCAGAGCUCGAGGUUGGAGAUCGCUGGAAGAGGGAGCGAGAGGAGUUUUCUUUUGUCGGUUGCGGGUGAUCGUCUCGAAGUUGAGAAGCUAUGGUGUCGUUGGAGAUGGGGGUGCGAGUUUGGGGUCGCGAGAUGAAGCACAGGCGGCACGAGGAAGUGGGGGGUGAGGUCGCGGGAGACGGCGUGGCGUCGCUCGCUGCGAUGGACCUGUACGGCGACGUGCUUGAGUCGGUGGUGGAGCGCGUGCCGGCGGCCGACCUCGCCGCCACGGCGCGGGUGUCGCGGGAGUGGCUCCGCGCGGUGCGCGCGGCGCUGCGGCGGCGCCCGCGGCGGCUGCCCUGGCUCGUGGUCCACCUCCAGGGCAGGCGGAGGCGCACCGCGGCGUACGACCCGCACUCCGGCGCCUGGGUCACCGUGCCGGCCGCGCGGCACGACACGCCGUCGCACGUCCGCCUGGUGCAGGGCGCGGGCGGUGACCGCGUCUGCGCGCUCUCCCUCUCCGGGCUCGCCGUGGCAGGGGAUCCCCUCGGGAAAGACCAAGACGCGUGCGUCGCGCUGAAGGCCCCCGGCGUGUGGCGCGUCGAUCCGGUGUUCGCCGCGGUGGGGGACCGCGUGGUCGCCCUGGGUGGCGCGUGCCAUCUGGCGCUGGCCGAGGGCGAGGACGCCUCGGUGGUGGAGGUCCACGAGAGCGGCAGCUGGACGGCCUGUGGCCCGAUGCCCGCCGCUCUCCGGGAGUCCGCGGCGGCGACGUGGCUCUCGGCGGCCGCGACGGAUCAGAGAGUGUACCUCACGGACCGAACCACCGGAUGGGCAAGCUGGUUCGAUCCGGCGAAGCUGCAGUGGGGACCGACCUGUCGCCUUCGCCCCGACGCCGCCGUCUCCACGUGGGGCCUCGCCCCUGGUCGCGCCGGCGCCGAGCGACUCGUCCUGUUCGGAGCGAAGCGUGGAACCGAGCAAGCAAAGGGCAGAGUCGUCAUCCAAGCAUGGGAGGUGGACGGCGACGCCCUCGCGCUGUCCCGUGGCGCGGCGCACGACACGAUGCCGAGCGACAUGUCCGAGAGGCUGUUCCCCCGCGACGAGGACGAGGAGGACGAAGAGGAGAUGUCACCGUCGAUCGGGGUGUGCGGGAACGCCGCCGGGGGGUACGUGUACAAUGCGGCCGACCCGGCGGCCGGCGCCGUGCUCUACGAGCUACGCGACGGGGAAGGCAGCGCCGUGGAGCGGUGGGAGUGGGUGCCGUGCGCGCCGGCGGUCGAGGCCGAGCCGCUGGGGCGCGUCAUCCUCGCGUGUUCGCCGGUCGGGCUGGACGAGCUCGCGCGGGACCGGCUGGCCGCAUGUGCUGUUGCUAACUGACUUGAACAGUCGAAUGCAAGUUGAGCGCAAAAGUUGCUUUUGUAAAUAAAUGCCUUUCAUUGUGAAAAUUGCAUGCGUUGCUUUACUCCAAAGUUUGCCGCGUUUCACAUACUUCCGUCGAUUCGUCGCACAUCUUUGCGUUUCUUUUCUCCUCCCGGCCUCGUGCCAUUGAGUCCAUGCCAAGGCUGAUGGUUGUUCCUUUUUGUAACUUUAUUUAAGCAGAGGGUAAAGUACUGAAGUGACCUAUCCACUGUUUUCUUACUUUUUUUUUUUGCAGUACUACUUCUUUUAUGUGGCGCGCACUAAAAUAUUUUGGCCUCAUUCCAGAAAACAUAUGUCCUAAUUUUAUAGUGCAAGCAUAUCUUGGCAGUAGCGACCAGCCACUAGGUGAAAAUGAUUAUAUAUCGACAGCGUUGGAGAGUAGAUUAAGACGUAUACUAACUCCUUUUUAUUUGACUGCUAUUUCAGAUAUAUUAAUGUGGGAAGCAUUGCUCAGAUUUUGACCAGUGUUUUCUAUCUACUUAAAAAAGGAAUGGCAAGAUCCACGAAACAGGAAUCAAUUUCCAUGUGGGGGCUCGAUGGUCAUGCAAAGUGAAGUACCACUUUUAUUAUUUUGUUUGUCAUCGUUCUGAAACAAAAGAAAAUUUUGUUUAUAGAGACUUCACGUCGCGUGUUGUACUCUAUAACGCUACACUUAAAACAGAAUUUGUAUACUACCUUAUAUUUCUGG